AUGUUAAUUAUACCGGAGAGCGGUGUUGAGAUGGAAGUUUUCACUGCUUUUCAUGAACGCUUUUGCGGCAUCGUGACUGGUGUACCUAAUUUGCUCUCUUGGUAUUACCCCGCUGCUAUACACAUGGUCAACGUUCCUUCUUUUGUACUCGCUCUCUCUCUCUCUCUUUCUUUUACCGUUCAGCACUUGUUCCAUAGUUCACAAAAAAAAAAAGCUCUGCUCGUAUCCCACUUGUAG